GUCUGGCUGCUGAGGAGUUGUUGUGAUCCAGCAGGUCUGAGUUGGCCCCUUGGCCUUGUUCUGCUGGUCCAGCUGGGUCCGGGUCUGGUGUCAGUGAUGGCGGACCAUAUGCCUCCUGUUCUGCUAGAAGCCUGUGUGGUGCUUGGAGCAUCUAGCGACAAACUCCGUGAGGUCUCCCAGGCCAUUAACAACAAUGGAACUCCAGAGCACCUCCUGUUGGAGCCGGAGGUGCUGCAUGUCCUGGUGCCUCUAUUCGUUAGCAGACCACCAGCUGGGAGUGAAGCAGUGAGGUCACAUGGGAAGAAGCGGCGCUCUUUUCUCCGGAAGAAAAAGGAACAACCACCUCCAGCUGCAGCAACUCCAAUCCAAGCAGGCGGAAGUGAAGAUGUUAGUGUUCCUAAAGACAUCGACCUCAUGGCUUUACCUCAGCUCUGCUUCCCCGGUGGGCUUCAAGUUACCAAUGAACAGAAAGAUGAACAAUUCCACUUCCUGGUUUUCACUGAUGUCUUUGGCAACAAGACCCAUGGAGUAGUAAUGCAAUGUUACCGACCGAUACUGGAAGGGACAUCUGUCUUCCAGAAUGGAGCUGGAUCCUCCAAGUUUUCUCAGCUUUUCUCUGCCUACAGUUUCUGUGUCAUAUCAAAGUACCCUUACUUCACUGCACUCAAAGACUGUCUGUCAUGUCUGUUGAUCCAGCUAAAAACUUGUCUUUUAUCUGACAUGGAGGAGAGAGUGAAGGAGUUUGCAGCCAAACUGGCGCUGGUGCCUAUUCCCCCUCCUGGACAACUACAUUUGAUGUUUACCUUGGGUCCUCUGACCAUUGUAUUACCAUCCAGAGAAGACAAAGACCAUCCAGCUAUAGAUUUAGACCUCCAUCUGCCUUUCUUCUUCUUCAGGCCACAGCAGCUACUACAGGGACUGUCUUGUCUCCUGCAGGAGCAGCGGGUGGUGUUGUUUUCUGCUGACUGGGCCAGACUCACGCUGGUGGCGGAGAGCUUCUUGCUUUUUCUGCAGCCUCUGUCGUGGCAGCAGCCAUAUGUUCCUGUCCUGGCCAGAGGCAUGCUGGACUUUCUCAUGGCCCCUACUGCCUUCCUCAUGGGCUGCCAUCUCAGCCAUUUGGAAGAAGUUGCUACUGAAACCGAUGAUCUGGUCCUAAUCAACAUUGAUAACGGAAGUGUCUCCACUUCUUGUUCUGAGACUGUUGACCUACCAGAGAUUCCCCUGGCUGCUGCAGACUGCUUCACAAAGAGGUGUCAAACACUGCAGAUUAAUUUUGAUCUGUAUCAGUGCCACCAUGCAAGCUGCACUGACAUCAGUGAGCAGCGGGCACAGAGAAGAGCGUGGCAACACGACCUCAACGUCGACAUCCAGAGGAUCACACUGGAGCUGAUGGUCAACAUAUUCAGGGAUGUUAGCAGUCAUCUAAACUAUGAACAUCGAGUGUUCAACAGUGAAGAGUUCCUGAAAACCAGAGAGCCAGCUGAGCAGCUGUUUUACAAAAACGUGUUGGAAACACACAUCUUCCACUUGUUCCUCAAGGAUCGUCUCAACAGAAAAAUGGACAACUUUGCGCGAAUGGAACUCAGUACUCGUUCUGAGAUGCAGAGGAUGAAGGCUAUGGUUGAGGUCCCACGCAGACCCACAAUGCAAGAGAUUCAAGCCCGGAGAAAGUGCUCUAUUAUAGAGAGCAAGAUGAGUAAGAGACUGGGGAUGAGCCUCCCUAACCUCGGAGACGACCGAACUCUGAGCUUCCAAAGAAACUCACUGCUGACCAGGAUCACUGUGUCUGACCCCGCACUGAGAACUCCUCCUAAACCAGCAAGGGUGUUUAAGCUCCCAGAUUUCCCAGUCUCUCUGUCUUUCCACUCUGUCCAAAGUUAUUACAGUGAGCUGAUCCAGCAGCUUGGCAAAGCCAUCUUCUCUGUCCAAAAUGAGAACUCUACUCUGCUGGCCAGAUUCUACUACUUACGUGGUUUCAUUAACACAUUGUGUUGGCGGCGGCUGGACGCUUUGGGUGAUUUCCAGAACCUCUACAAGACCGACACAGCCAUUUUCCCCACACAGCUGGUCACGUGGCUCGUGGACUCACUGCACCGGGACGAGAGACAGCAAGCUGAAAAGCGACCUGAACUCAAGAGACUUAUCCUCAAGGUGAAGACAGAGAAUGAGAAGCUGUCGGUGCAGCCUGAUGACCAUGUGAAGAAGUUUGAGCUUCCCCGGAAGCAUCUGCAUCAGGAAGAGUUUGUGCGAUGCGUUCAGGAGUGCGGCAUCGUUAAUGACGUAGCAACCAUACAUCGUUUAUUUGAUGCUUUCACUAAUGGCCAGACAAAGCAGGUUGAUCCCGAACUCUUCAGAGUCUUCUACACCUUCUGGAAGGAGAUGGAAGCCGAGGCACAAGACUUCAACUUGCCUUCUGAGGUCAUAGACCAUCUUGACAAUAGCGAGUGUGUCUACAAGUUGUCGUCAUGUGUCAAGACCUCCCACGGAGUCGGUCAAAUUGCCAUGACUCAGAAACGUCUCAUCCUGCUUACUGUUGGACGACAGAGCUUCCUGGAAAUCACAAAGUUCAGAGACAUACAGGAGGUGAAGAUUGCCUCAGCUGCCUUUCUACUUGUUCGUAUUCCUUCCCUUCGUAUCAAGACCUCCAGUAGGCUUGAGGUUUUUGAGGCCAAUCUGAAGACAGAGACCGAACUCUGGAACCUUGUGGUGAAGGAGAUGUGGGCCGGACGCAAGAUGGCCGACCAGCACAAGGACCCUCAGUACAUGACUCAGGCUCUGACCAACGUCCUGUUAAUGGAUGCUGUCAUGGGCUGCCUACAGACACAGAGGCCCAUCAUUGCUGCCUCAAAGUUGGCCUACUUUGAUAAGAUCAAACAUGAAGUGCCCAUGAUGGUGCCUAAAACUACCUCAGAGACUCUAAAACACAAGAUCAACCCAUCACUGGACCUGGCUGAACCUCAGACUGUACAUGUGCUGCUAUACACACCUGGUCAGCUGACUUGCAAAGACUCAGAGGGUGAGAUGAACCCAAAGCUGUGGGUGGCUCUCGGUGGGGGCAAAGUGGUUGUGUUCGAUGCAGCUAGCUGGUCCAUGCUGCAGGACUGCAUCCAGGUCGGAGCGUCACAGCUGCACUGCAUGCUGGGAUUGGUCCAGGGGCAAGUGUGGAUUGGCUCUCAGGACUCAGUAAUCUACAUCAUUGACACUCACAGCAUGUCCUGCAACAAACAGCUGACUGAGCACAGACACGAAGUGACCGGACUCACGGUGGACCCCAGAGAUAAACACAACAGAACUGCCUUUCCUAGUCAGGCGACAUACUCCUGUAGCUGUGAUGGGACGAUUCUGCAGUGGGACACGGUCAGUCUCAAAGUGAAGCAACAGUUCCACCUCAGCUGUGACCGUCUCUCCUCCAUACAGAUCUAUAAUGGAACACUGUGGGGCUGUUGUGGUGACGCCAUUGUGGAACUGAAAAAGAAUGGGAACCCACAAAGAAGAAUGGCACUUCCUGAUGACAUACGGAGCAUGCCCAGUAGCUUCAGCAGCUUCAUCGUCAUCCCAGAGCGAGGUCAGUUGUGGACGGGCUGUGCAGACUCAGGGGAGUUGUGUCUCUGGCACACUAACAACCACAGACGUCCAUUCAAGAGAAUCUCCCUGCCAGGCAGUUCAGGGGUCACCUGUAUGAUUCGAGUCAAGGACCAGAUCUGGGUGGGCUGUCGUGGCCAGAGCGGUAUCGGAGGUCAGUGUGACGGUCAGCUGAGAAGUCAGGUGUUGGUGAUGGACGCAGAGAGCCACACAGUGGCGAAGGAGCUGCAGGCCCAUUCAGACAGCAUCCAGACACUUUGCUCUGCUGAGGAUCGAUACGUCCUGAGUGGCUCUGCAUGCCGAGAUGGCAAGAUCGCCAUCUGGAAAGUCGAGUAGAGAUGGAGAAAGCAAAAGUGAAGAAAGAGAGGAGAGAAAAUGUAGCAAAAAGGAACUUGUGAGUACAUACACAAGACGGGAUAAAUGUUUGCCCUUUGGGUAUUUGAACGUGACAAGAUCAUCCUGUGGGCGGUUCAGAAGAGACAUGGUCAUGAGACGGGAGGACAAAAUGGUGAAAAAAAGUUAUUUUCUCUCACUUGGUGGAGUAUCUUUUGUGGCCAUGUGAAAAUGGUAAUUUAGUUUUACUGAUGGUAGUUAAAGACACAAAAGGUUAAAUGUAGCUCAUGAUUCUUUAAGAGAUUUUUAUGGAGGAGAGAGCCCUUAAACUAAAUAUAUGCUGUACUGUAUGUGAAAGUAUUGUUGAGAGUAUUGUUCCUGACACUGUUCCUGGACUAUGAAGAGCAGGCCUUUUUUUUUUCUUGUAAACAAACAUACACGAGAUGUGAAAAAGGUAAAGUCUGUGCCUUAAGUAUGUUUCUUUAUCAAGCAUUGUUAAUAAAUUCCAU